UCUGCACCACGCGUGCGCCCUCGGCCUCCGCGUGGACGGCGUGCACGUCUCCGCGCCGGAGGGCGCGGACUCCGCCGACGUGAUGCUCGACGCAGGCUUGGUGCGGCCUGCCUGGUCUCCGCACCGCGCCUGGCUCCGGAGCGCCACGUGCCAGCUGCGGGUGCGCGACCUGGACGUCGCCGUCGAGGCCCCGGACGCCCAGCAUCAGGGCCCGUCGCGCGUCAAGCUCCACGCCCGCACGCGGGUGUCGCCCGCGGGCGCCGCGGCGUCUGCGCCCGGCGGGUGCGAGGUCACGUCCAGCGUGGACAUCUUCGGCCUCGGCCUGCGCGUGCCGUGGACGGCGCGGGUGCCCGUGGACCUCGCGGCUGCGGAGGCGCCCACGAUGUGGGUGCAGCGCAGCGGGAGCGUGGCGCGGAAGGGCCCCUGGUCGCUGGAGAGCCCCAACGUGACGCUGGAGCAGCCGGCGCUCGUGGGCUGGCGGGUGCCCGCGGGGAGUCUCCCCGAGGCCCUGGACGGCCUGCUCGGGAGGGCGAGCAUCAGCCUCGACGCCGCCGUGGCCUACGAGGAGAGCGGGGACCGCUCCGUGCGACUGACACAGGCGGUCAACGCCAGCCUGGUCAUCGAGAGCGACGGCGAGGGCGGCUACCUGGUCUCCGCGCCAGCCCUCGUCACUGGCCACGUGCGCCCCGCCGCCUUCGCGGCCGCCCUCGGCAAGCUGCUCGUCGGCGACUCGCGCGGGGAGCGCGGCGGCGUCCACCGCUCGGUGCGGAUGGCCGCGGUGGCGCCGUCGUCGCUGGCGGCGCAGUGCCUGGGCGCCUCCCACGCGGUGGGUUGGCGCAGCCGCAGGGCGUCGGCCGUGCACGACCUGGCGCGCGGCGCGAGGCGGCUGCUGGGCCGCCGGCUGGCGAGGUCGCUGGGGGGCUCCACCGGCGAGCGCCUGGUGCAGCAACCGCCGUGGGACGGCCGUCGCCUGACUGGCGAGAGCACCACCGUGACGUUCUCGGAGAUGGUAUACGCAGAUGGGUCCGAGAUCGACAUUGAACUCAAUGCCACCAUGACCGACAACGCCAUCGGUUUCGAUUUGCAGUACGGGAUGGACGAGGCGACCCAGUUUGAAGUGCACCUGUUUGCCGCGGAUUCUGCCGAGGCAGGGGAGGCCUCCCUGGACUUAGCCGUCUUUUUUUCAGACGUGGAAGUUGCCAAGGUCGAGUUUUCUUCAACCGACGAGACGACGCUCUCCGUGCUAAUCAAGGCCCCAGACAGUGGCGAUACCAUCGCCAGCGUGUCUGCCUCCUCGAGUGCAAGCGCUGGCGAAUCCCUCUCGACUCGCGUCUAUAACCCCGAGGAUGGCACAGAGUUCAUUACCAUCACGGGUACAAACAGCAGUACGUCCAUGAGCGUCUCGGCGGUCGUGAAGGACCCCAGUGAUUCCUCCAGCACCUUGCUCGACGCGUCUGCCGGGGCAACAUACACUGGCGCUGACACGGAGGACGGCACCUUGGAGGUCACGGUAAGCGUUGAAGGUGAGCAGAUCGUGUUGAGCGGAACCUUUUCGGAUUCCUAUCGCGCACAGGGCGGCUUUACGAUUGACGCCUCUCUCUCGGUUGCCAAUGACCCCGCAGGGCGGGUCGACGUCGACGGCGCCCACGACGACACUGGCUUGACUGCCGUCGCGUCGGUUGAAGUGUUCGAAGAUGGCAGCUAUCAGCAGUUUCUCAAGCUGGACCCUUUGACUCUGGUGACGAAGAGUACGAAUUACACGUUCCACACCGCCAUCCACGACAGCGAAGACACAGAGAUGGGUACAGUUGGCGUGUCGCUCACCAAUGAACCUACCAGUGGGCAGGUGCAAGAUGUGGACAUCAAUAUGUUCAGCCCCAUGGACUCCAGCCUCAACGUUACCAUGUCCGUUUCAUUGGCCAGCGGACUGCUCGAUAUGCUCACAGACGCAGCGGAGAUUCCGUGCCUGCAGGGUUCGUGCACCGUGGAUGUGGAUUUGCACAACCAGCACAUGGAUUUG